CUUUUCUCGCCCUGCACUUUUCCCAUUAAGCAUGCAAGCAAGGUACACGAAACCUAUGUAGUCGCGGCACGCAUUGCGAUGACCUUCGAGCCCAACAUCCACUUAUCCACGAUAUGAUUGACGACACCGCCACCGCCGCAAAGACACUACACGCUCACUCCCACACGUGCAACUGGUUCAUUACCAACUGACAGACCGAUCAUCCUUACGACUGACGACACCCCGAAUUGAAUCUAACGACAGCUGGCCAGCCAGCGAACCCGCCAUGGAUGCGCCCGUGCCUAAGCUUGCGGAGCUACUCCGCCAUCCUGACGACCUCGACAAGAUUGCCGGUCUGAAGCAGGAGUUUUCCCGCAAGAAGAUGGCAGUCGACUCCCAGCUUCGCAGCGGCCUGCGUGAGCAGCUCGAGACGACCCAGUCGGGCAUGACGGGACUGACGGACGGCCAGAAGACGGUCCAGCAGAUCAAGGAGGAGAUGAUCAAGAUCGACCGCCUAUGCUCCGAGUCGCAGAACAUGAUCAAGGACUUCAACAGCAUCAAUAUCGUCUCGCAGGCGCACCGCAAUUUCGGGGCCGUCGAGGCCAUGCGAAAGAACCUCGAGACCUUCAACGAGCGCCUGGCCAUUGUCGAGCGGAUGCUGGCCGAGGACGAGGAGGACAAGGAGAACAUGCCCAACCUACUGCCGAUACACUACGAGCUGACGCAGCUGAGGAACAUCCGGGACGACGCCAUGGAGCAGAUCCAGAGGGCCGAGGACCCCAGCCUCGAGUCGACACUCGAGGACUAUUUCCAGAGACUGGACACCAUGAUCGACUGGUUCGACGAGCACAUUGGCAUCCUGGCGCUGAACCUGAUCAACCUGGUGGUUAACGACAAUAACGGCCUGGUGGUGCGCUUCGCCGUCGUCAUCGAAGCCGAGGAGAAGAGCGACCAGAGGGUGCUGGCGCUACAGGAGGCACUCAAGGACCACAAGGAGAUGGCGACGCGGUUUCAGAGCAUCACAGACGGCGCGAAGAAGGUGCGAGGGUACAAGGAUAAGUUCACCCAGGCCAUCAAGAUCAGCGUCGAGGGCCAGUUCGCCGAAGCCAGAGGGGAAUUCCUCGACGAUCCAUCGGCGUUGGACAAGAUUCUGAAGUGGUAUUUCAACGACUUGAACGCCGUCAAGAUGGGCAUGACCCCCCUGAUGCCCAAGAAAUGGAAGAUUCUCAAGACGUACGGUGACAUAUACCACCAGACGAUGCAUGACUUCCUCAUCGGCAUGAUCGACGACCCCGACUCGGCCUCUGCCAACACGUUGGAGAUCAUUAACUGGCCGGAAAGGUAUUACAAGAAGAUGAAGAAGCUGGGCUUCAAGCAGGAGGACCUCACUCCUCACGUCAUCGACUCGCGUGAGACGGAGCUGGUCCGCGACUUCCGGCAGCUCAUCAUCAAGUUCCUCGACGAAUGGAUCGAGCGUAUUUUCAACGCCGAGCAAAAGGACUUUGCGGAGCGCAACGUCGAAGGCUCCAACCUGGACCAGGACGAGUACGGGUACUUCCGGUCCAGGAACCUCGUCGACAUGUGGCGGAUGAUGCGCGAACAGAUCGACGCUGCCGCCAACUCAAAGCGCAUCGAUGUGAUUGAGGGCGUCAUCGACGCCAUGUUCCUGAGGCUGCGCGGCAGGCAACAGUCGUGGCAGAGGAUGCUCGACGAGGAGGCCGCCAAGUUUGAGUCCGGAAAAGUCCCGGAGCUCGAGGGGUUCCAGCCGCUGCAGGAUUGGCUCGUUGCCACGGCCAACGACCAAAUCGCCUGCGUCGACGACAACGAGGACGAGAACAGAUUCGGGUACCUGUCCAACUUCAAGCAAAAGUUCGAGCCGCUCGUCUCGCCAGCGUACAUGGAGCGGGCCGAGGGCGAGGUGGAGCUGCUGCGCGACGCCUACAUCGACUUCAGUACGUGGUGCAUCACCAAGUUUGUGCAGCUCAUCUUCUCGGUCGACUUCAAGGCAGUCAUGCCCGAGUUCUUCACGCCCAAGUGGUACACGAGCACAGCCAUGAAGCAGAUGGUGGUGACGUUUGAGGAGUACGUCGGCGACUACCGCCAGGUCCUACACCACUCGCUCGUUGACAUCUUCACCGAGAUCUUCGCCGACGAGCUGCUCAUUCGCUACCUCUCGUCUGUGCGUAACAAGGGCGCAAAGUUCCGCCGUGCCGAUCCCAUCCAGGACAAGCUCUUCAAUGACAUCUCAACGGCGUUCGAGUACUUUGGCGCCCUGCCGAACCCGGACGUUGGCAACGCGGUCAAGCAGACGUGGCGCGUCACCGAGUACUUUUUGCAGCUGCUCACCGUCGACAAGGACGCCAUCCCCGACACGUUCGAGGGCUUCAAGACGGCGUACUGGGACCUGCAGAUCAGCUGGGUCGAGGCGGUGCUGCGGUCGCGCGACGACUUUGAGAGGAGCAUGCUCAACGCCGUCAAGGCACGAGCCGCGUCACUCGACGUCGUCCGGGGACCCGAGACCAUCAUGGGCAAGGUCAAGUGAUCGGGCUGAGGGCACCAAGAGUCGAGCAAGGGAGCAUUCUUUCACUUGGCCGCCGGCAUUCGUGGAGCUUGCGUCAGGGAAACAUGAGCCGCCGAGCGUGAGACAAAAAGAGAGGAGGAGAAAAUGGGAGGCUCUCCGCGCGUUGGAUACCUGAAAUGACCUCAUGGGAACAGGUAUCAAGGUUUUAUUUUUCAGGGGGGUUAAUGUAUAGGCGCGAUCCAGAUACCCAAUUCACAAGAAGGGACCGCGAUUUCGAGACGUAGGGGAAAGGAUGGGUAAUCCCCCCCCUCUGGAUGCAAGAAGAGAGACUGAGCCGCGAUGGUGCAGAGCUUGGAAGGGCAGGUGAACCGAAAAUGGCAGCAGAUCUAGGACACACACACGCGCGCGCGCGCGCGCUCUAUAUGAGAGCGGUAAUGAGGAAGGUGAAUUUUGUUGGGAUAGAUAGUACGGAGU